AUGGAUGACCUUUAUGAUGAGUUCGGCAACUUCAUCGGUGAGGCCCAUUCCGACGAUGAAGGCACGCAAGAUGGCGAUAUCGGCCAAAACUAUGUCUACGACGAAGACUCGGAGGAGGACCAGGGAGUGCAAGAUGAGCAAGUGAUGGAUGUUGAUGACGAGGGGCCCUCCAAUGCGGUCAUCCUUCAUGAAGACAAGCAGUACUAUCCAACGGCGCAGCAAAUAUACGGCCAGGAUGUUGAAACACUCGUCCAAGAGGAAGAUGCACAGCCGCUGACACAACCAAUAAUUGCCCCGGUCACACAAAAGAAGUUCCAAGUGCAAGAAGCAGAUCUGCCUCCUGUUCACUACUCAAGAGAGUUCAUGUCCGAUCUUCUCAGUUUCCCAGAGGGAAUCAGAAACAUCGCGGUUGCUGGGCAUUUGCACCAUGGCAAAACUGCCUUUGUGGACAUGCUGGUCAUGCAGACACACAAUCUUCAAGAGCGACUUGACAAGAGAAUUGGCAGAAGAAGAGAUGAACAGUUAAGGUACACGGACACCCACUUUCUCGAACGAGAAAGAGGUCUCUCCAUUAAAGCUGCCCCUAUUUCUCUUGUCAUGCAAGGAACUCGGGGGAAAUCGCAUAUCCUAAACGUUAUUGAUACUCCGGGACAUGUAAACUUUGUGGAUGAAGUCGCAUCAAGUCUCAGGCUAGUCGAUGGUGUCGUACUCGUCGUGGACGUUGUUGAGGGGGUCCAAAUCAAUACUCAACAAGUUAUCAAGCAUGCAGUCCUGGAGAAUCUACCCAUGGUCCUUGUGGUCAAUAAAAUGGAUCGCUUGAUCCUCGAACUCAAAAUUCCGCCGACAGAUGCUUAUUUCAAGCUGAAACAUGUUGUGGAAGAGGUGAAUACCAUCAUUGAGAACACUAUGCCAGGGCGUGGAGAGGCGAGGAGAUUGUCACCCGAAAAGGGUAAUGUUGCUUUUGCUUCUACGUCAAUGCAAUGGGUCUUCACGCUCCCCUCGUUCGCGAGGAUGUAUGCCGAAACAUAUCCAAAAGUCGAUGCGCUGGAGUUCUCAAAGAGACUCUGGGGCGAUAUUUUCUUCAAUCCGCGCAGUCGCAAGUUUACGAGAAAAGCCGUCGAAGAAGGUGCUAAAAGGGCAUUCGUCAAUUUUGUGCUCGAGCCUAUCUACAAGCUUUAUUCCCAUACAAUCAGCGAAAGCCCAGAAGAUCUUGAGGCAACGCUUCAAACGUUGGGUAUUUCCUUGAAACCAUCACAAUUGAAGUCAGACGCAAAAGUCCUGCUUGAGCUGGUAUGCGCACAGUUUUUUGGUCCUGCUUCGGGGCUCGUCGACAUGAUCGUGCAGCAUCUUCCCUCACCUGUCGAGGGUGCAAAGAGGACUUUGGACAAUUAUUAUACGGGUCCAAUAGACUCCGAGAUUGGCAAGGCCAUGUUAAGCUGCGAUGCAGAUGGCCCCUUAGUUGUCCACAUCACCAAGCUGUUCGGCUCUCCGGACGCAAAGACCUUUAAUGCUUUUGGCCGUGUUAUGUCUGGCACCGUCGCACCAGAACAACAAGUCCGAGUCCUCGGUGAAGCUUACAGUCUUGAAGAUGAAGAGGAUUCAACAAAUGCAGUCAUCACGGCCACAUUGUUAGGCUGCUCUCGAUACAAUAUUCCAGUCUCCGGCGUUCCUGCUGGAAACACUGUCCUUCUCUCUGGGGUUGAUAAUUCCAUUGUGAAGACCGCCACGGUCAUAGCCGCGCAACUUCCAAAUAACGAAGAUGCGUAUAUCUUCCGGCCCAUUAGACAUUUCACCGAGUCCGUUUUCAAAGUUGCUGUUGAGCCCAUCAAUCCAUCUGAACUUCCAAAAAUGCUUGAGGGCCUUCGCAAGAUCAACAAGUCAUACCCACUCAUUACAACGAAGGUUGAGGAAUCUGGAGAACACGUUGUUCUCGGGACGGGCGAGUUAUACAUGGAUUGUGUUCUGCACGACCUUCGGACCCUCUAUGCGGAAAUGGACAUCAAAGUGUCUGAUCCUGUCACAAGGUUUUGCGAAACUGUGACCGAGACCAGUGCAAUCAUGUGUUAUGCAUUAACACCUAACAAGAAGAACAAAUUGACCAUGAUUGCGGAGCCGUUGGACGACGGAAUCGCAGAAGAUAUUGAAGCAGGCGUUGUCAAGAUUCGGGAACCGAUCAGAAAAGUUGCCAAAUUUUUCGAGGAGAAGUACGAAUGGGACAAACUUGCUGCAAGAUCAAUCUGGGCAUUCGGGCCUGAGGCGAUGGGUCCUAAUAUCCUAUGUGACGACACGCUACCAUCCACAACGGAUAAAAAGUUGUUGAAAUCGGUUCAAGAGAGCAUCAAGCAGGGGUUUUCAUGGGGCACGAGGGAAGGCCCCCUCUGUGAAGAACCCAUUCGCAAUACCAAAUUCCGCGUGACGAGCGCAGAAUUGGCCUCCGAAGCCAUCUUCAGAGGAGGUGGCCAGAUCAUUCCAACGGCCAGAAGAGCAGUCUACAGUUCGUUUCUGAUGGGCGGGCCGCGACUGAUGGAGCCUGUCUACAGCGUGCACAUGACGGGACCCGCAGACUCUAUCUCCGGGCUCUACACAGUGUUGAUGAAACGACGAGGUCACGUUGUCUCUGACGGACCAGUUGCUGGCACACCACUGUACGCCGCGAAAGCUCUCCUCCCGGUAAUCGACAGUUUUGGUUUCGAGACUGAUCUUCGAAUUCACAAUCAGGGAGCAGCAAGUGUGUCUCUUGUGUUUGAUCGUUGGGAUGUGGUCCCUGGCGAUCCACUCGAUAAGAGUAUCCGCAUCCGGCCUCUAGAGAUGGCAGGUCCACAACAAGCAGCGCGAGAUUUCGUUCUCAAGACAAGAAGGCGCAAAGGAUUGAGCGAAGAUGUCGAUGUUAAGAGGUUUUUGGAGCCGGAGCUGCUCGCAGGUCUGAGAGAGAGCGGUGUCUUGAAUUGA